AAAAGAGUUUUCAAAUGAGCAAGUUGUAUUUUUAUUCGAUUAGCCGUCGUAUUAUGUCAAAUAUAAGUUAAAAAUAUGUAAAAGUACAAAAUGUAGAUUAUGAUAUUAGGGAUGAAUUGAGAUAAAAUUACCUAUAAUUUAUUACUACGCAUAAUAAAUAAUUUGUUACGUUAAUUCUCAUAGAUACGUUAUAGCCAAUACCGAACCCCUAUUUAAGUCAAAAGUACUUCUAAGUAUUUUUUAGCGUAAAUCAAUUUUUAUGAAAAGCAACAAUUAAGAUUAAUGUAGUAAUCUAGUAAUCGUUAAAAAAGCCACUUUGUUAGUAUUGCUUAAUACUCUCUCUCUCUCUCUGUUCCCAAGGAGAUGAAAAGCUUCAAUCUCAAAACAUAGCAGCUCUCUCAAUAAACCAAACCCAAAUGCAAGCUGUGUAGAGAGAAACGGAGUGAGGAAGGAAGGAGAUGGGAGGGGUGACGUCAUCGGUGGCGGCGAAGUUUGCCUUCUUCCCGCCGAGUCCACCGUCUUACAAGGUGGUGACCGACGAGCUCACCGGACUGUUGCUUCUCAGCCCUUUCCCCCACCGCGAAAACGUAGAAAUCGUAAAGCUUCGGACCAGGAGAGGCACAGAGAUCGUGGGCAUGUACGUGAGGCAUCCGAUGGCUACCUCCACGCUCCUCUACUCCCAUGGCAACGCCGCCGAUCUGGGACAGAUGUAUGAGCUCUUCAUUGAGCUUAGCAUCCAUCUCAAGGUUAAUCUUAUGGGAUACGAUUACUCCGGGUAUGGACAAUCUACUGGAAAGCCGAGUGAGCAUAACACGUAUGCUGAUAUCGAAGCUGUUUAUAAGUGUCUUGAAGAAACCUUUGGCUCUAAGCAGGAAGGUGUCAUCCUCUACGGCCAAUCUGUAGGCAGCGGACCUACGUUAGAUCUUGCUUCCCGGUUGCCUCAACUUAGAGCCGUCGUCCUUCACAGCCCCAUUCUCUCCGGUUUAAGAGUUAUGUAUUCCGUCAAGAAAACCUACUGGUUCGACAUCUACAAGAAUAUCGACAAAAUCCCAUAUGUCGAUUGCCCGGUUCUCAUCAUUCAUGGAACUUCGGAUGAGGUAGUGGAUUGUUCUCAUGGGAAACAACUAUGGGAACUCUGCAAAGACAAGUACGAGCCGCUCUGGGUGAAAGGAGGGAACCACUGUGAUCUUGAACACUACCCUGAAUACAUUAGACACCUCAAGAAGUUCAUAGCAACAGUAGAGAGAUUACCAUGUCCGAGGAUGAGCAGCGACCAAUCAGAGAGAGUGAGAGAUGCGCCCCCGAGGAGAAGUAUGGACAGGAGAGUGAAGCCGAGGCAGAGCACAGAGCGUAGAGAGAAAGAGAAGCCACCAAAGAGUCAGUCGAAGAUGAGUAGCAGCAGCAGCAAGCUCAAGAUCUCGUUUGAUCAACUUGAUCGCUCGCGGAGGAGCGUUGACUGCCAUGAAAAGACUCGGAAGAGCGUUGACCAGAUUGAGAGGGGGAGGAAGAGUGUGGAUAGGUUGGAUAGAGUUCGCUCCGAGUAAAAACCACACACUCACACUCACACACGUAUAAUACGUAUGUAGAUGAAAAGAGUACAUAACUGUUUCUAUUUACCGAACAAAAUAACAUGUGGAUGUCGCUCCUCAUAUUAUUGAUUUGUAAUCUUUUAUGCAAUUUGGGAUCUCUCUCGCCAUCUCCUUUUGAAUCAACAACCUUUUGUGGUGGGCUUGAAUAUCCAUCCUCUGUUUUUAGAUGAGUUUUUAGUGUUUGUGGUAAGUAGGAAAGUUCCAAAACAAAGAUCACACAUCUCAUGUGGGCCUGAACUAAAUUCAUGGCCCAAUCGUUUGUUCUUAAUAGA